CCGGCUUCGUUCGCUUGACGCUAUUGAUCUGGGGAGGAAGAGGACGAUCUUCCAGCCGGACGGCGAGUUUUGUAUCCGGAGAGAGCUGUGAAGGCAUUGUGGUUUCCCAAACAGCCACGUUUGAUGGAGCUAGGAGAGAUUCCUGAGUCUUUAAUGGAGCAAAGUCCCGUCCUCCAGAACAUAGAUUCAGAGUGCCAAGUAGUUCAAAGGCCGAAGGCUCAGGAGGAAGAGGAGAAGGAGGCCAUUUCCAGUUCGGAUAACUCUGAACCAUUCGGCGUACGGGAGAAACUGUUCAGCAAAUCCGAUUUCCACACUCUGAAGGAGGAAGAGAAUUUGGAAAUCAAGCCAAACAAUGAAGAACAGACAAGUAAAAUUAUAACUCAGCCCCUUCAUAAUGGACCAGGCGAUAUAAGCAAUGCAGAUCAAGACAAGAGACAACUUGUGUGCAGCCGAUGCAGAAAAAGCUUCACCAGUACCUCCAACCUUACCGCUCAUGAGAGAAUCCACACCGAAGCGAAACCAUAUAAGUGCCGUCGUUGUGGAAAAAGCUUUGGCAAGAAAUCAACUCUCAUUGCUCAUCAGAGAAUCCACUUGGAGGAGAGACGGUACAGAUGCCGUGUGUGUGGGAAGAGCUUCCGGCAGUUCUCAAGCCGUGUCGCCCACGAGCGAAUCCAUACCGCAGAAAAACCCUAUGCUUGCCCGGAGUGCGGGAGGAACUUCAGUCUGAAAUCAAGCUUGGUUUCCCACCGAAGAAUCCACACGGGAGAAAAACCUUACGCGUGCUCUGAAUGCGGGAGACGUUUCAGCCAGAAAUCGGCUCUGAUUGCCCACAGGCGAACCCACAAAGGUGAGAAACCCUACGUUUGCUUGGCCUGUGGGAAAAGUUUUAGCCAGAGCUCCAACCUCAUUGUUCACAAGAGAAUCCACACUGGGGAAAAACCAUAUCCCUGCCCUCGCUGUGGGAGAAAUUUCGCCUGCAGCUCCAGCCUCGUUCGGCACCAGAGGAUCCACACGGAAGACAAACCGUACAGAUGUGCGGCCUGCGGGAAAACCUUCAGCUGCAAUUCGAGCCUCAGCAGGCACCGGCAGACCCACAAGGGGGAGAAACCCCACGACUGCCCCGAUUGUGGCAAAACCUUCAGUGUGAGCUCCCAACUCAGUGUGCAUCGGAGGACCCACAGGGGAGAAAAGCCCUAUGAAUGCUCAGAGUGUGGGAAAAGUUUCAGUGUGAUGGCGAGCCUUAACGCCCACCAGAGAAUACACGCUGGUACGAAAACUUAUAAAUCUUCCGACUGUCCCAAAAGUGUUUCUCUAAGGUCGAGUCUCAGAGCUCACAAGAAAAGACACAGAGAAAAGGCAUUUGAUUGCAUAGAGUGUGGCAAAACCUUCACCUGCAGCUCUGGGCUCAUUCGCCACCAGAGAAUCCACACGGGGGGGAAACCCUUCCGUUGUGGAGACUGCGGGAAAAGCUUCAUCUUAAGCUCCAACCUUAUCGCCCACCAGCGAACUCACACGGGAGAAAAGCCGUACCAGUGCUCGGAAUGCGGCAAAUUCUUCAGCGUGAGUUCACAGCUCAACGUCCACCAGAGAACCCACACGGGGGAAAAAACCGUAUGCGUGUUUCCAUUGCAGCAAGAGCUUCACGUGUAACUCUGCUCUUAUUAGACAUCUGAGGAUCCACACGGGAGAGAAACCGUAUCAGUGCUCGGAGUGUGGAAAAAGGUUCAAUCUAAAUUCGAAUCUGGUCGUCCAUCAAAAAACCCACGCUGGAGGGAAGCCCUAUAAAUGCAUUUACUGCGGGGAAAGUUUCUAUACAAGGCCACAUUUCGUAGAGCAUCAUAGAGCCAGGCAUUCGGAUGCUAUAAACAUGAAAACAGCCGAAAGCAACGUUAAUUCUAAAUCCAUUAAUUACCAAAUAAACUCUGUAGGAUGGGGUUGAUCAAAUUGGUGGAGAGGAGCCGAAAUCUACUGGAAAACUUUACAUCAGAGGUCCCCAAACUUGGCAACUUUCAGACUUGUGGACUUCAUCUCCCCAAAUUCUCCUCCCAGAAUUCCACAAGUCUUAAAAGUUGCCAAAUUUGGAGGCCCUUGGUUUACACUAACCAUUUUGCAAUAUUCUGUUGCUUCUCAUAGUCCCUAACCCUUAUAUUUGGACAGUGCUAGCCAUUUCUUAGAUGGUUAAGGAUCCUAAAACUUCAUCCUUCUUUAGGUUCUGCUUCUAUAUUUUUAGGGAAACAAUUUCAAAGGAGGUAGAAAGUGCAGGGGGGAAAAAGCACCUUUUGGUUAUCCACAUCAGUGGUGGGUUUCAAAAAAUUUUGGAACCUACUCUG